AAGAGGAGAGGGCCAAAACUUUCAUACUGACCCAUUCAUAUCAUAUAUCAGACUCUGUCUGUGGGUUUGUGAAAGGACAUAGAAGAGAAAGCAUGGAAGAAGGUCUUCUAGCAAAACAGAGGGAUGAGAAAACAGAGCAUGAACAGCAGAGCAAAGUAACAUGGGAAAUUUACGGUCAAGAAAUGAAGAGGAUUUGCCACAUAGCAGGGCCUAUGGUGGCGGUGAUUUCAUCCCAGUAUUUGUUGCAGGUUGUUUCAACCAUGAUUGUUGGUCAUCUUGGUGAGCUCUAUCUCUCUAGCGCCUCCUUAGCCAUCUCCUUUACUGGUGUCACGGGUUUCAGUUUUCUUAUGGGAAUGGCUAGUGGACUUGAAACUAUCUGUGGACAAGCUUAUGGAGCUCAACAAUAUCACAGAAUUGGAAUGCAAACCUACACUGCCAUAUUCUCCCUCAUAAUUGUUUGCAUUCCAUUGUCUUUCAUUUGGAUCAACAUAGAAAAUAUUCUAGUUUUCGUAGGCCAGGACCCUCUAAUUGCACAUGAAGCAGGGAGAUUCACAAUCUGGCUUGUUCCAGCACUUUUUGCAUAUGCAAUUCUGCAGCCACUAGUUCGGUAUUUCCAAAUACAAAGCUUGAUUCUUCCCAUGCUUUUAAGCUCUUGUGUCACUCUUGUUAUCCAUGUUCCACUAUGUUGGGCCUUGGUUUUCAAGACUGAGCUGAAUAAUAUUGGUGGAGCAAUAGCAAUGAGCAUCUCGAUCUGGUUAAAUGUGAUUUUUCUUGGAUUGUACAUGAGAUACUCUUCUGCGUGUGCGAAAACCCGUGCUUCGAUUUCUAUGGAGAUGUUCCGAGGAAUCGGGGAGUUCUUUCGUUUUGCUGUACCUUCUGCAGUCAUGAUUUGCCUUGAAUGGUGGUCAUAUGAACUGCUUGUCUUGCUGUCUGGUCUGUUACCAAAUCCACAACUUGAAACUUCAGUUCUAUCAGUUUGUCUCAAUACCAUUGCAACUCUCUAUACAAUACCCUUUGGAAUUGGUGCUGCAGCAAGCACAAGAGUUUCAAAUGAAUUAGGAGCUGGGAAUCCAUAUGCUGCCCGCGUAGCCAUGUUGGCUGCAAUGUCUCUUGCAGCCAUAGAGACGAGCAUAGUGAGCGCAUCGCUCUUCGCCUGCCGCCACGUUUUCGGUUACAUCUUCAGCAAUGAAAAGGAAGUUGUUGAUUAUGUCACUGUCAUGGCACCUCUGGUUUGUUUAUCUGUCAUUCUUGACAGCGUACAAGGUGUCCUCGCAGGGAUUGCUAGAGGUUGUGGAUGGCAACACCUUGGGGUUUAUGUUAAUUUAGGGGCCUUUUACCUAUGUGGGAUUCCAGUUGCAGCUGCAUUGGCAUUUUGGAUAAAAGUGGGAGGAAAAGGACUUUGGAUUGGUAUUCAAGUUGGUGCUCUUGUUCAAUCUGUUCUCCUUUCUAUCAUAACAUGUUGCAUAAACUGGGAACAACAGGCAAUGAAGGCUAGAAAGAGGUUACGUGAUGAUCAAUUUUCAGCAGACAGUAGAUUGAUAUAAAAGGCAAUUUUUGAAGGCCAAUUUUUGUGAUGAGGGUGACAAUUCUGCACAAAAUGAGGAGUAGGAACUUAUUCCCAUUAUUUGAAGUGUGGAACUAAAGUUUGACAUGUAUCAUAGAUUUAUGGUAAUUUCAUUGCUUAUCCUUGACAGUUCCAGUAUUAAUCUUUAACUAAAAUUGUGCCAUUCUAUUCUA